UCUAGGCGUCGCUGUCCCCGUCUAUAGAUCUCUUUCUAAAAGCCGGUUUAGAGGCGGGGUUGGGACUGACUUUAUUUUGUGACUGGCGUCCCUCCUGCCCAAUCAGAAUGCAGGAUUAUUAAAACCUCUCCCCGUUUGACCAAUCAGAACUGCUCAAAGGGGCGGGUCUUGGUGCGGACGGCGUUUCAAGCACACAGGGUUACAGAGUUGCUGUGUAAUAUUAAUAUAACAGCGCAUCUGUGUGCUUUCCGAUUCGGUGCAUCGUUCAAAGCAAGCACGGUCGCGGUUUUAAAUGGGUUUACUGACUAUCCUGAAGAAGAUGAAGCAAAAGGAGAAAGAAGUGCGCUUGCUGAUGCUCGGCUUGGACAACGCCGGGAAAACCACCAUCCUGAAAAAAUUCAACGGGGAGGACAUCAGCACCAUCUCCCCCACUCUGGGGUUUAACAUCAAGACGCUGGAGCACAGGGGCUUCAAGCUGAAUGUCUGGGACGUGGGCGGGCAGAAAUCCCUGCGCUCCUAUUGGAGGAAUUACUUUGAGAGCACGGACGGGCUGAUCUGGGUGGUGGACAGUGCAGACCGGCUGAGACUGGAGGACUGCAGGAGAGAGCUGGGGGGGCUGCUGCUGGAGGAGCGUCUGUCCGGAGCUACACUACUGGUAUUCGCAAACAAACAAGACCUGCCUGGGGCCCUGUCUAAAGACGCCAUCAGAGAGGCUCUAGACCUGGACGGCAUAAAGACUCAUCACUGGUGUAUUAUGGGCUGCAGCGCGGUGACGGGAGAGAACCUGCUGUCUGGAAUUGACUGGCUGCUUGACGAUAUCUCCAGCAGGAUAUUCACAGCCGACUGAGGAGUGGCGUGCAUGCAGAAAUAAAUACAGUGUCUCACACACACACAGGGACACACCUAGAUACACACAGGGACACACACACACACAGGGACACAGGGACACAGGGACACAGGGACACACACAGGGACACACCUAGAUACACACAGGGACACACACAGGGACACACCUAGAUACACACAGGGACACACACAGGGACACACCUAGAUACACACAGGGACACACCUAGAUACACACAGGGACACACACAGGGACACACAUGCCUGCAUAAACACACACACACACACACACACACACACAGGUAUAGACACACACACAGGUACACACAUGCAUAAACACACACACACACACACACAGAUAGAUAAAUACAUUAAAGUGUUAUUUGGAACUGAAUUUGAUUGACUUAAAAACUCGAAAGGACCUUUUUCUAAGUCCUCAAAAAAUAAAAAGUGAAAACUCAACGCUAGACACAGGUUGUUUUUUUUUACAGUGUUUGUGAGGAUUUUCCAUUGAUUCCCAUACCCUGUGAAUCUCUUAUCUUAAACCCCAGAGGGGCCUGGUAGAAUUAACUAACACGUUGCGAUCGCACACAAACGUUGGCAAGCGUCUUUAUACAAGAUGAAAUACAUUUAAAUACAGCCAAACAACACGCCCACAGCAACGUGUUUCAAAUACAAUCUUUUAUUUAUGGAGAAUAAAACUAAGAUUAAACUCUGUGCAUUCCUGUGAAGAGUAAUGUAAUGCUUCAUUUGCAAGGAAAAAAAAAGAGAAAAUAUUGUUUUUUUUGUAAGCUGUAAUUGUUAUUUUAUUACUCAUAAUAAAUGUUAAUUUAAUUUCA